CCCCAUUGCUACUUUUAUCCUUUUCCAACACCCCAACACUUUUUUCUUUUCGAGAAUUAUUUGAGUACCCCUAUCCUAAUUAUAAAAUUCUGAGGAGAAGGUAACGAAGCAGAAAAUACAAUUAUUGCUACCUGACUGAGCUAGAGAUCAGAGACACCGCCCCACUUCUGUGUGAAUGCAAGGAGCGGUCGUCGUACACGUGAUCAUCAGAAGCCGUCCACCACGUCGUCGUCGCAGCUAGAGACUUCGAGUCACACUCUCAGGUCAUGCGAGCGCCCGUCAUCGGACGGCAUCUCACUUAUCACGUCUUCUGUCAGUUCGCGCUAGUUACACUUUUCAUUGUUAGGCGGAUCGAGCCACGGUCGAUCGUUCGAGGAGAUCAUGUCGUGCACACGCCGCUGGGAACAAUACGGGGCGUCGGACAGACUUUCGACGGUGCAAAAGUAUCUGCAUUCCUUGGUGUCCCGUACGCAAAACCUCCAAUCGGUUCAAGACGUUUCAAGAUGGCGGAGAUGAUCGAUCGGUGGAGUGGGGAACUCGAAGCUCGGACACUUGCGAAGACAUGCUACUUGACAAUUGAUUCGGCGUUUCCACAGUUCCCUGGUGCUGAAAUGUGGAAUCCCCCUGGGGCAAUUUCGGAAGACUGUCUAAAUAUGAACAUUUGGGUGCCGGAAGAUCACGAUGGAUCGGUGAUGGUAUGGAUCUAUGGAGGAGGGUUUUUCAGUGGGACUCCAUCUCUGGAUCUUUACAGUGGAUCCGUAUUCGCUGCGAAGGAGCACACAAUCGUGGUCAAUGUGAAUUACAGGCUGGGCCCAUUCGGAUUUCUCUACUUCGGAGAUGAUUCUCCGAUUCAAGGAAACAUGGGCUUAAUGGAUCAACAGCUUGCUCUUCGUUGGGUUCACGAGAAUAUCGGAGCAUUCGGAGGCGAUCGGUCACGGGUCACUUUGUUCGGAGAAUCAGCUGGAUCCGCCUCGACGACUGCUCAUCUGUUUGCCCCGAAUUCACAUAAAUAUUUUAGAAAUAUUAUUGCAAAGAGUGGCUCAAUAAUCAACUCAUGGGCAUCAGCAACUCCACCAACAAUGCUUGAUCUUUCGUUUCGUCUCGCGAAAAAAGUGAACUGUAGCUCACCGGAUAUGAAUGCAAUUGUCAAGUGUCUUCGAAGUGUUCCAGCACAUCUAGUUCAAGCAGAAGCUGAUAAUAUUUCUGGAGAUAUUGGGCCACCGAUGACAUUUGCAUACGUUCCUGUUUCGUCGGACGCCAAUUUCUUCCAGGGCGACGUAUUCCAAAAACUGGCGAAUAAGCAAUUCAAAAAAGACGUGAACAUAAUAUUCGGAAGUGUAAAAGACGAAGGAACAUACUGGCUACCCUAUUACAUGUCACUUCCCAAAUAUGGAUUUGCAUUCAAUCACACAAUAUCGGCUGAAGAUCCUCAUAAUCGAGCCCUGAUUACACGAGAUCAUUAUGAAGAAUCAAUGAGAGCAUUCAUGCCAUAUUUUGCUGGUUCGAAACUUGUAUUGAAUGCAUUUAUGAAUUCUUAUGAGCAUGUAUCGACUAGUAAUGUACCUGAAGAACGAUAUCGGGAUGGAGUUGCUCGAUUCUUGGGAGACUUGUUUUUUACUUGCUCUCUUAUUGAUUUUGCUGAUUUGAUAUCGGAUAACAUUUUUGGAAAUGUUUAUAUGUACUACUUUACCUACAGGUCAAGCGCAAAUCCAUGGCCAAAGUGGAUGGGUGUAAUGCAUGGAUAUGAAAUAGAAUAUGCAUUUGGUCAACCAUAUUGGAGACCUCACCUCUAUGAUCAGACUCACCUGGAAGAUGAGAAACGACUUUCUUCUAUUAUAAUGCAAAUUUGGGCAAAUUUUGCAAAUACUGGAAGAACCGACUCAUUUUGGCCGCAAUAUAACAAAAUCGAGCGGAAGGCGAUUGAGCUGGGAGAGACAACAUUACAAGGGAAGCAUCGAAUCAUUUCUGAUGUUCAUGGAGGAUUUUGUAGAAUGAUUGAUGAGGCAAAGGCGUUUGUGAAACAGAAAAAUGCAAACGACUGCCGUACAACUCGAAAAUCCGCAUCCACCGAAGAUCUGACCAGCUCCAGCUCAACGACCUACCUCUUCUCCAUAAUUGUUUAUCUGUCUAUUCUAAUCUCUUAUAUCAGUUUGUGAUAAUAUAGGUGUUUGGCUUUACAACGACACCCCGGAGUGUCGUUGUGAAGAGUUUUGGGUUUAACAGCGAUUGGAUCCUUUUUUGCAGCGUUUUAACAAGAAGCUAGAGCAAUAAGCUUAUCAGUAAAAACAAAUUUAAAAAUUUGGUUACAGCGACCGAAUCAUUCGCUUCUCAGCUCAGAAUGGUGUGUACUCUUUUUUCAAUUUUCUAAUUAUAAGCUUAUUGCUCCAGCUCUCUUAAGCUUAGGCUUAGGAGUAUAAUCAUUCACAAACUCAUUUUUGUUAAAACACAGAACAAUGGAAUUUUUAGAUGCUCCGUAAAAAUGCGCCGCAAAGCAUUGUAUAAUGUACUAGGUCUAGCCCGUUGCGUCUUGAAUUCAGAAAACAUAAGAACUAUCAACUUAUAGUUAGGCGAAAUUUUGAGGCAACUGCAGGCCGCAAUGCAUCAGAUCUUACGUGCAAAUUUGAAAGCCCUCGCUGUUAAACUCACAACAUAUUCUUCAAAGCAUUUCCUUUUGGAUCUCAAUAUUCUUUUUUUCACUUUUGCUUUAUCCCAUCGAAUUCGUUUUCUUCUUUAUGUUUUUUUUUCCUUUCCAAACGUGGUAUCAAAUUAUCAGUUUAUUAUUUUCCCCAGCUUUUCGCUUUUUAAAAAAUCCCUUCCUUGCUCAUCAGAGUUUCCCCUGCUAUCUCUGUUUUAGUAAAUCAUAUGUCUUUCCGUUGGAACAAUUUGACCUAGUAUAGAGAUAGUAGUUUUUAGAUUUUUGAAAAUUUUUGACAACUCUGAUUUAUUUAGUUGUUCCAUCGUUUUUUCUUCCACUAUAAAUGUUUU